AUGGAUACAAAUACGUUGCGAUUGUUCUUCGCCGCUCGAAAACAGGUGGUUCUUUCGGCAUCGAUCACGACACGGAACGGGAAGGCUCUCCUGGCGAGGCAGUUCGUCGACAUGAGCCGCAUCCGUAUCGAGGGUCUCUUGGCCGCUUUCCCGAAGCUCAUGGGCACUGGCAACAAGCAGCACACUUUCAUCGAGACGGAGACGGUCCGGUACGUGUACCAGCCGAUCGAGAACCUCUUCCUGCUGCUCGUCACCAACAAGGCUAGCAACAUCGUGGAGGACCUCGAGACCCUGCGGAUGCUCUCCAAAGUGGUGCCGGACGUGGCAGGGGGGGUCACGGAGGACAAGGUGAUGAGCAAGUCUUUCGAGCUGGUGUUCGCCUUUGACGAGGUCAUCACUACGGGGGGGCACAAGGAGAACAUCACUCUCCAACAGAUUAAGACCAACAUGGAGAUGGACUCGCACGAAGAGCGUCUUCACACGAUGAUCCAGGACAGCAAGAGGGAGGCCGCUAAGGAGGAGGCCGACCGGAGAGCCAAGGAGCUACGGGAAAAGGCGAAGGAAGCGCAACUCCGGGGCUCCGGUAUGGGAGGGAUGUCUGGCAUGGGUGGCGGCGGCGGCGGCAUGGGAAUGAGCGGCUCUUCCAUGUACACCGAGGCCUCGGACUACGGGGUGGCGAGCACGGGCGGGACGGGCUUUGGCGGAGGGGGGGGGGGGUCCGGGGCUUCGUUGGGCUUGUCGGUGCCCGCUGCCGGGCCGGCGUCGUCUACCCCUGUGGCGGACACGCGUGUUUCCACGCAGGGAAUGAAGCUGGGAGGAGCGUCCAAGAGCAAGAACAUGCUGGACUCCCUCAUCAAGGAGGACCACCUGGUGUCCAUCCCGUCCGCGAGCAAAGCCUCGGCGGGCGGGACGGAGGCAGCCGUCCCUGCGGCCGUCGUUGCCGCCUCCGUGCACCCGGUCUCGCUGAGCGUAGAAGAGCGUCUUAGCUGCCAGCUUACCCGGGAGGGCACCCUGGAGAGCAUGGAGGUGAAGGGAACCCUGAGCCUGACUGCCAACAGCGACGGAGCGAACAAGUGCAAGGUGGUGCUGGCGUCCACCGACCCUUCGGGGACCUUCACCUUCCAAACGCACCCCAAGGUGAACAAGGGCAUGUACGACUCCGCCAAGACUCUGGCGUCGAAGGACCAGGCCAAGGGGUUCCCAGUGGCUCGACCGGUGGGCGUGCUUCGCUGGAGCCUCAACACCACGGACGAGUCGCAGAUGCCGCUCACGAUCAACUGCUGGCCGGAACCAGAGGGCGGGGGGCAGAUGAACGUCAGCAUGGAGUACGAGCUGGUUCGACCGAUGGAGCUCCACGACGUGCGCAUCAGCAUCCCCCUCGGCUCCUCCGCCGUUCCGGAGAUCGCCGCGAUCGACGGCUCCCACCGCCACCUGACGCAGGAGGGCACGCUUUUGUGGACGAUGGACCUGUUGGACCAGUCCAACCGCACCGGGUCUUUGGAGUUCAACAUCGCGUCCCGCGACGCGGAGGCGUUUUUCCCCAUCACCGUCACCUUCGCCUCGAACCAACUCUUCUGCGAUGUGCAGGUGGCUGGAGUGACCAACACGGAGACGGAAUCGCCCAUCCAGUACGGCUACACCGCAUCACUCACGGCCGAUUCCUACACGGUAUCGUGAACCCACAUGGGUUUAUUUGUUGUCCCGGUUGUCCCCUCUUGUGCCUCAAUGGGGACGGGGCGGGAUUUAGUAUAGCUGCAGGGGGGGGGGUAAUAGGCGAUUGUGUCAGGAAGAGGUGAAGGGAGGGUGUGGAAGGGAUAUUCGAACUACGACGCACCUGUGAAGUGCUAUCCCAUGUAAAGCUACCGGCGCACAAGAGCUGGCAGCGGAGCUCCCUACUUGUUCAGUUCAGCGGUUGAGGACGACGAGUCUUGGGGGUUGGUUUUCGUGCCCCUCCUUUGCCACAGCAGUAAUUGGCAAGUGUAGAGUGGAAGCCGGGACAUAGUUUUCUUUGGGCGUCGCUUGUCCGCCAGGCAGAUGUCAUCUACUGCUCUGCUGGGUUGUUUGAAAGAUGCCGACACUUUUUGUCCAAGCAUCUUCCAUGGGAGGCAAAAAGCGUUCAUUAGUUUUUUUUAGUGUCGGGUUUGCUGCUCCUCGCUCUCUCUUGGCUGUCUGUGCCCCCCUUAAUACCGGGUGGCUCCCGGCGCGCCUUCCGUUGCUUUUGGUGUCCGAUAUGCAUACGAUCGCCAAUUGUAGGUGUGUAAUUUGAUAUUUUUAUAUUUGAAGAUUUGUUUGUGUUGAAAGAUACACGCCGACUCGACCGGGGUGGUGCAAACGUGCAAACCAAAGCUGCCGCGCCAAAUUAUUGUGCCGCCAACGUGCACAAGGGAAACGGGAGCUGAUCUCCUGAUCCGGUGGUGGUGCAUCACGACAAUUUUCUUCAAACGAGGACUGCUGCUGU